AAAAUGACAAACAAGGAAGACGGAGAUUCGAACUGUGAUCCGCGAAUCGCAGGGCUUCUUGCGGUACACCUUGUAAGUCAAGUUCUGGAUGAAGCGUAUGUCAUAGCGAAUGCUGCUACUGAAUCAGGACAACCAUGGCGUUACUUGGCGAUGCUGAAAAAUCUAAGAAGUGGUCCAUUGAUAGAGGAAAUUGAGGGCGACGAUACCCUCACUGCAUCCAAAAGAGACGAAGAAGCCGUACAAAACAAUACGGAUUCGGCCCCUAAUGUCGUUGCUACGUCGACCCCUCAGAAAGAAGCAGACGAAAUCUACCAAGUGUUGAAUGAAACUAGUUUCAUAGGCCAAGGUGACGAAGAAAACGAUUUGCGCCAGAAUGAAUUGACAAAAUCAACUUCUAUGUUUAUCAACCAUCUGUUCGAUAUGAGUGAAGUCGAACGUGUCAUAAUAUGCGAUGAUAAUGACACCGAGAAUAUUCGAUGUGAUUCCAAUGAUUUGUUGACUGAAGCUAUGACAAAAAUAAUGGAAUCCUACGUGAACACUGCCCUCGGUAUAGCUUUUGGUGAAGAUCUAACGACCAUAGAGCCCACAGGGCAAAAAUCUCCAAGUACAGAACAUUCUGGAUAUUCCUUUUUGUCGGAUGCAUUCACUGCAGACUUUGGCAAAGAUAUGGCUUUUUGCGAAGACAAUGAACCAACUAACAAGGAUUAUGGAUGUACAUCAGUAGUGACUGAAAUAACAGAGGAAGUUGAACAGCAAGGAAAUGAAAAAUCUAUGAAAAACGAUGACGUUGCUUUUUAUGAAAAUACCUAUUUAACACUAAAUCGUGACUACGAUCAAUGUUCGGAUGAUGAUGGUGACCCCAUAUUACAAGAUACUAAAUGCAUGUCCAUGCAAGAAGUUGAACUAAUGGCUAUGCCAACGUCUGAUGAGAAUUCACCACGAAUCGAGGAACCUGUUCAGCAUAAAAGCAUUGAGGAGCUGGCCGCUACAUCAGCGGCCGCGGUAUCAGCCUCAGCAAGUGGUUCGCGUAAGAGUGGGCUGGUGCAGCGGUGCCGUACGCAGGGGGCCCGCCUCCUAGCUUGCCUCCGCGGCUGGUGGCGACGCAAGACUCCAGGGAAACGCAGGGAGGUGCGAGUCCCAGGAUCCGUCCGGGGACUAUGCCCCCUAUCUCCAGAUGCAAGACGUCGCGCUGCCAGUCUGCUAGACCAGCGCAAGCUGUGCUCUUCCCCGCCGUCCGCGCAGCACGUUGUGUGGAAGUUCAAUACCGUCAGCGAGGCCCUCGUCAACUCCUCCCGCUGGAAGAACUACACCUUCGACGUCAACCCUGAUGAAUGUGGCGAAUACUGAUUAAUUUAUCUUAUUGAU